UGUCGGUGGGCACUAUUACGACCAAGGUAGUCGAUGGCGGUGGCUGGACGUGGUGGCGGGGCUAGGAAGAAGGCCAAACAGGAAAGAUGGUGGUGGCAAGCCGAGCCGGCUCUAUCAGCGGCUCCGUCGGUGGAUGCGAUCGCGAGGCAUCGCGAGCUGCAGGAGCAGCUACUGCGCUAUGACCAGAACGCGUGGCUGACCAAGCAUGCUAAGCAACCGCGUUUCCAAUUCUCUGGGGAGCAGAAACGCAUGCUUCGUCAGUGGUUUGAUGCGCUGGACACGGAUGGGUCGGGAAAGAUCUCGGUCGAAGAGCUGGAGGACCCCAUGCUGUCCAUUGGCAUUGUGAAUGACACACGCGAGAUCGAGCAGAUUGUGAGCAAGUUGGACAAGGACUCUAAUGGACAGAUCGAUUUCCAGGAGUUUGUAGAUUUUCUUACACCGCAUACUAGACACAACAAGGAUUCGAACCCUCAGAAGCACGAGGUGAUGUUUCACCAACUCACGAAGAAAAUGGAGCACCAGAGUUCGGGAUUCCUUGAGAUUAACACGCAGUUGUCGAUGGAGAGACGACGGUUUAUUCUCGAUUCAAUUACCAGCUUCACGUCGCAAUCAAUCCAGGAAGAUCUCGCGGAGCUAAAACACUUUAAGGAGAAAAAUCUUUCAGGUAGCGGCGAUUCCACAUCACCAGGACGAUCAAGACACCGCCAAGCAAUGACGAAGAAAGCUAAACUUGCUGCGCUGGCCACUAGGCAUCAAGAAGAGAUGCGUUUCCAAGCACUCGAGCAGGUUUUCAUUCGGAACAACGCUCUCAAGCGUCUCCAAGCAUUGCCUCCAUCAGUGCUUGGAACUCCCGUAGCGAGUAGGAGGGCACAGCAGCGACGAUUAGCACCACUGCCAGCGGUCGAGAGGCCCCUCGCGACACCCAAACGCUCCGUUAUUGUGAGUCCCAGCUUGGAGAACUUAGAUGUUCGGCGCGUGAGCGCAAAGCUGCUUGAACAGUCGGGUAUGGGCAGCUAUAGGCGACUAGCGUCGACGGGAGGGCACUGCAGUAGCAUGCCGAGCCUCCUCGCAACGACUGACACUGGGGAGAUGCCUUAA